AAGUUAAGUGCCGGAGUCUGCCAGUCUCUGGAAUGGAGCCUUAGGCGAAUGACAUGACACUUACCGGACGCGAAAAGAGGCUGACCAUUCAACCUGUUGGCUCGUUCAAGACUGCGAUUCUGAACAACCCAACUCGAGACCUUCACAACUCUCAUAUUCAUCAUGCGUUUUUUGACACUGAUCGCUAUUUUCGUUGCGCUUGCUGUAUCUGUUAGCGCUGAUGGUACAAACGAGUGCAACGAGGGCUUUGACGAAUGUGGACUGGCUUGUCGCAGAACGGGAAAUGCAAGCCACGGAAUCAGUGACGGUGCAACCACAAGAUGCGUUAAAGCUGUAGUUCAUUGGUCGAUUCAUACUUCUUGGGAAAUACAUCUAUUGCAGUCAGAAACUACUAAAACCCAUGAGUGUGCGAGUAUAAGAGCAAUUAAAGUAUGAGGCCUAGUUGGUCCAGAAGAGAGAACAAUAUGCUUUGAAUUGGUCGUAGACAUCUGAGUGCGGCAUCGACAUAUCAGUGAUCAGGGUGUCACUGUCAACGACGCGCUUCUCGCCGAAUUUUUCAAGAAGACCUGUGGUGAUCUUGCAAGCAUGACAGGACUUUGUUUGAAAAUGACAAUGUUGAAGCAAUUGAAGUAGUGUAGUGCGAGGCCGCUGAUGGAUGAGCCUGCGAUGAUGACUUCUAUGCGAUUUCUUUGAAGAUCGGGUGAUAGUAGACCUAGAGGAGGAGAAAAUAUCCUUUCGAGUUGUUGUUCCUCGCCGUAGAGUCAACUU